AUGUCCGCUGAAAUAGCGGUGGAACAUGCUGACUUUGUGGAGAUUGCCUUGAGGUUCUUGGCUGCAUUGCACAGCCGGAGCUUUCGUCCGGGUGGAGAGAAUUUCGAUAAACAAUGGCAGUUGCAGGAGGCCUUGAAUCGGCCUGUAGAGCAUGAUCAGCGACAGCGUUUGCUGUCGAUUUGCUUGGGACAGCGCGAUCUCUCGGUGCCUUUGAGCGCCGAGCUGAGUGAAUGCUUCUUUCGCGCAGUGGGGAGGCAGUUGCAUCUCUUUGAGGGCUGGACUAUGUUCAACCUUCAGGAACUCAUGCAUUGGGACGGGGGGAUGAGACGCUUGAAGGAUGGCAUCACAUCUUGGACAAUCCCGACUUUGCGAUGUCAGAUGCUUCCACAGAAGAUUUUCCUUCAGCCGCUACUUUUGGCCAAGAAGUGGGGGCUGCAUUUUCAACACAGCCUUGCCAAAGUGCCAGGUUCCAUGUGGGGCUUGAUCUUGGCCUACCUAACGCCACCCAGAAUCAGCUGGUUCGAGACAGUGCAACAGCGGCAAAACCAUCCGUGGUGGGAUUGGCCUCGGCAUCCCUUGGUCUUUCCGAUGCUCACCCCUUCGUCUCCACCUUUGCUGGCGAGCUCGGUGGUUGGCAUCAGUAUCUUUCAAGGCGAAGGAUCUGCGGAAGAUUGCAUGCAUCGAGCGCAGUUGGUGUCCUUGAAUUUGAACGACGUGAAGUUUGUGAAAAGCACGGCCACAAGAGCACUUUUGUGGGAAAGACUAUUGAUGAUUGCAGGCCGCAGACGUCAGGACAGGGGAGAUUCAGUGCCAGACAUUGACUUCUACGACGCUUUGCUGUGCAUGGGCAUCUACAUGCGCCUGAAGCAUUGUAUUCCGACACUGCUGCUGGAUUUCCGAGGGAAAACUCGGACACUCUUGGAGGUCGUGGCAAAAAUGCUUGCCGUGAGCACACAGCUGGUAGCAAUCAAGCAUGAGUCAGAACUCGAGGACAAUUUGGGAGGUUCAAGCAGCCUGGUUGUUCUCCAAUGUAGCCUGGCACACUGCAUUUCCAAUGGUGGCCUUUUGGAUUCCGUGCGACGAUUCCUCCUGGCUCAGCCGAAAGGAUCCACCCCCAUAGACGCGGCCAAGAGGGCCAGGCAUGUGCAGGAGCAUGGUCUUUACUUGGCCAUGUUAAUGGCCGAUUCUGAUCUAAACACGUUGGAAUUGCUGAACAGGCUCCCAUGUACAGUGAGAGAAUUGCUGGUGCCUUGUUGA